AUGGUUAACACAAACAUCAUCAUCGUCAUAGUUCUCAUGCUGGAGAUCUGUCAAGCAUCCCUGUUGCAGCAACUGAAUUACAUGGCUGCUCAACGUAUUUACACCACCAACAACAACAUCGUUUACACCCAAAGACUAACUCCUUUCUCUCUGGACAACAUCAUGAGUUCGAGUAUGGAAAUGGCCAUGGAAAAUUGCCAGCGAUCCUUCAAAUGGGAACGUUGGAACUGUCCCACAUCAGAUUUCAUUUUGAGACGUGCUGCCAAAUCAUCGGAAUUGGAUCGAGAAGGUGCCUACGUGGAGGCUAUUGCAACGGCAGCCAUUAUUUACACCACCGCCAAGAACUGCUCAAGUGGCAUGAUUGCUGGAUGUGCUCCCUGCUCUGAUAGCCCCUACACAUCUCAGUGUUCCGAUAAUCCUCAGGCAGCGGAGAAAAUUCUGAGAAGACACAUUGACGUCAACUUCCCAAAUGAGUUCUAUGGCAAGAUUUUCACACACAACUACAAAGCCAUCAUCAAUCUGUUGGAAAAAUCUCUCGUCAAGCAAUGUGUUUGCACUGCUGUGGCUCCAAGUGGCAAAUGCUCCCAACAAUUGUGUCGACAAGUUUUGAAACCCUUCGAAGAGAUUGCCGACGACAUUCGUCAGAUGUACGACGAAGGUAUUUUGUUGGAGAACACAAUUAUCAACUCUCGUAUUUUGUGGGACAACAUUCCCCUGGAUGUCUUGGUCUUUAUGCGGGAUUCCCCCAACUACUGCGAACUGGAUGCUGUGUCACAAUGGAAUGGUAUGGUUGGACGUCAGUGUGCAGCUGGAACGAACAAUGGCGAUCUAUCGGAGGAAGAUCAAGAGAGAUGUAACCAUCUUUGCCGGGAAUGUGGUUACAGUGUUGAGCAGAAGAAAGUCUUAACCGAAACCCGCUGCAAUUGCAAACUGACAUGGGACUUUAAGAUGCAAUGUGACUCGUGUAAAUUUGCUGAGACGCAUCAUUUCUGUUACUAACCACUGGCGUUGAGUUUUUGUUCUCAUAAAUUGACAAAGAACUCGCUGGACGAGAGAGACCUCUCAAUGAUAACAGAUAUUUAUAUAUAGGAUUAUGUUGUAAGAUAU